AUGCUCGGGACAUUGAACCAGACUCCUAUGGACCCCAGGGAUAACGAGAGUGUAUACACCUCCCACGCCUUAACGGAUACCCCUUACCAGACGCUCGUGUCCCGUCAGUCGUUGAGCUGGAUGGAUUCUCCUCCUAAGCAGACUGCUUUGCGGUUUGACCUGGCUGAAGGGCAUGAAUCUCACAAGUUUGUUUCUGCAAACGAUGAGUCCAUCUCUCCUCUUGACCCUCGGCGGUUCACUCCUACGCUACACGCGUCUCUGGUAUCCGAGAUUCUGUCUUUACGCCGAGACCUGGAAGGAAAAUCGAACACUCUAGAGUCGCUUGAGCUCAGUCUAGAGGUCUCCAGAUCGGAGGAGGAGUCUCUACGGGAGUCACUUGUCAACCAUGCAAAGGAGAACAGGACGUUGAAGAAGCAGAUCCAAUUGCUCGAGGGCGGGUCCCUCAGUGCUGUUACCGAGCUGACCAAGGAGAGAGACGAGGCCUGGGAGUCUAUAGCAGAGUCUAGACGGAGAUUGGAGGAUGUUCAGAAAAAGGCCAAGUUGUAUCAGGACCAGGCAGAGCGUACGCAGGAACUAUGGGAUGCCGACAGGCAGCGGUGGGAUGACGAGAAACGGAAGCUGGAGACCAAGGUCCAUAUCGUUGAGGGACGCCUCAAGACUGUUAUCAAUGAGAUCACGGUCGCUCAGGCCGCCAAUGGGAAACAUAAUGCCCACCAGUUCGACAGCCGGCUAGAUGGGUCAGAUAAAGACCAGGAAGAAUCCAAUACUCCCCGGGCUCUGGAUGCAAUGAGCCUUCGGUCAGAGAGCCCGGGGACGGGGCGCAGGAACAGCAACUCCAGUAUUAGCACUUUCAACAGCGAUGCGAACCACCUUCGCUGCUCUGUUAUUGGCCUUUUUAACGGUACGAGCAUGGAAGGCGCCAGUCUUGCGGAUGAGCUUGCUUGUGAUGACACCGAAAACGAAGACAUUGAGGAGGGCCUAAACGACAGUGUCCAGGAUCCGUCAAGAGCUGAAACAGAGCCCUUCACGUCUACGCACGAACCGCGACCAAUGUCUAGCCAGUCGUUACUCACAGGCCAAAAGGCAAGAAAGAUCUUGGGCCUUGCAUUCGAUUCAACCAGUCCCCAAAACUCUCCAUUCACUCCUCCUCCAUCCCCGCUGAGAGAGUCGAUGAUGGCUAGUGGAAUUCAUGAUCCGUUUACUCCGCUAAUCCUGGAGACCCCUAUCACUCCUCCAGAUGCCGAUGGCAUGAUAAGUGUGACUGGGAAGGCCACUCCGGUCUACGAAACGUCAGACAUGGGAGUUCAAACCAGCUCGGCUACUGUGGCAUCUGCGGAAUGCCAGACUGUCGAAGCAGCCCCUGAUACUCAAUCUCAACAAGACACGGAGCUGCCGCAGAUUGAGCUGCCGCAGAUUGACCACCGGCUAGAUAUAAACUUGAUGAUAUCUACGUCGACCCAAACUGAAGAAGAGCAAGAUAACUCUUCAGAAGAAUCAUCCAUUGGGGCUCGCGAGUUCAACAUUCCAAUGAUUGCGAUCCAUCCUCCGAUGUCUAAUCCUGUCACUCCUAGAACCAGCGUCGUGCUCCCUCCACAGACAAAGAAUGCCUCUUCUCAGACACUCCCCGAGCCUUCAGUGAACACGCAAUCGUCUGGAGUCCAAACCGAAGAGAUCCGCGUGGACAAGAGGCCUGCCAGAGUACCAUUUGACCUGCUUCCAUCCGCCUUCCCAGAUCAACCUGUGGAGCGAGCGACUGAUGCAAAAAAGUCACCGGUUGUUUACCAGCCAUAUCGCCCGCCCCCCACAAAUACCACAGCAACUAACACAUCCGCUACGACUCCCCGAUUACGAGAAGCCCCGCCUGUUGAUAUACCGAUAUCACUGUAUCCCGGUAAUAACGACAACGGCCCACUCACCGAAGACAUGCAACGUGACAUCAAACGGCCAUUCAGGUCGAGCAGCUUAUUUGCCGGGUUCGAUCAUGAGAGUGAUGACGAACCAUCAUCUCGUCUGCCUGUCGAGGAAGUAUUCAACGACGAUGAUGCGAUACUAACUCAACCCAUGGCCUCAUAUACUAUCAAGAUGGGCAAGCUAGUAUCAAAACCCUCCAACUGCUCCGUUCUGGACGAAAGUCCCGAAGAUGAAGAAUUUAUGCUUUCCCAGGCUACCACAGCCGAUGGAAAGCCUACCAGUGGAAGCCUCCGCCGUUCUUCAGCAACUCGCGGGAAACCGUCUUCUAGGGGUUCGACAAGAAUAAAUAAGAAAACAGGCCCUUCUAGGCAGACAUCCAACAGCCGACGGCCUACCAGGGCAUCCAACAACCAUCGACCCUCGUCAAGAUCUCGGAGUCCUCGAAGUCCUCGCAUUACCAACACAACAAAACCGGCCAAUGUUGCUGUGUCUCGCCCUCCUUUCCCCGUCCCCACUCGCCUUAGUUCCCGGAAGGCUCCGCCAGCUAAAAGUGAAGGCGCUCAGAGUCCCACGCCAUAUGGAAGCGGAUCUUUCUCAGAUAUUAGCACUAUGGGACGAGACUUCACUCUUCGCAAGAUACGAUCAGCCGCCGCUGUGUCGAGAACACAGUAUCGUGAUGACCAUUCUAGCUCUCUUCGCUCUCCUACUUCUAUCUCGACAUCGUCUGCUGGCCCGGAGAGCCCGCUGUUCCCUCAUCGUUCGCCUAAGCCAUUGGAUCCUACUGCAAUCUCCAACAAAACUCCCAGUUCUAAUGAUUCACGCCGGCCAUCGAGGGCAGGAGAACCUUACCAUGAGCGUAACGUGUCUUCUGCCGUGUCAGUUCAACAGACUAGUGUUGUCGAUGCCAUUGCCCAGACUAUGGUCGGGGAAUGGAUGUACAAGUAUGUACGCAGAAGAAAGUCAUUUGGAAUGUCAGAGUCUUCAAAAGAUAAGGACAAGAGCAAAGAAGGGGGUGAAGGCGGUAAAAAUACUGAGGAAAUGUCUGCCAACAUCUCUGGAAAUGGGUUUGAGACUAAUAUCAACCCAGUGGUCGUUCAAUCCGUACUUGACGUAAAGGAUGAAAACCCCUUACCUCGUGGUGCCGCACAACAGAAUUCAUUCAACCGUUCAAUCCUGAUCUUGACUCCCCAGAGAGCUUUAAAAUUUACAGCAUUAACCUUAGAGCGCCAUUAUGUCUGGUUGACAGCCCUGUCUUUCCUUAGCCACUCCUCGCUAGGCCUUGAUGACCUUGCAACACUGCCGCCAGUUCCCCAGGUGGAAACAGUCCCACGGCCAAUAACUGCAGCACUACGUCGAAACCCCAUCCGUGACUCGAUCAGGGUCGCAAAGGGGAAGACUCGCCCAAUACCUACUAGGUCUCGCACAACCCAGGCGACCGUGCCGGAGGAAUCGUUUCCCGAGAUGUCAGGGGGACAAGAUCAAAAUAUGGACUCUGCCGACCCCCCUAAUGUCCCAAGAUUCGCAGCCCAUUCUAGAAAACGAAGCAACACCGCUCCCAGGCCAUUACCAAACCCAUUUCGGACUUUCUCUAGCAAUACGGUAGCUACUGCCUACAGUUCAACAACUGCUGGAUCCUCAGACCUACAUUCACCGACAUCUGCGGCUCCAUCCAUCGUUCACAGCGGACAAAGCAGCUUCAGCCAUCGUACAUCUGAAACUGCUGGGCAUGCUCCUGCUGGUAUGGCGAACUUCUUUGACGCUGUUGGCACGAUGAGAAUGGAGGCUUUCGUUGAUAAAGGUGACAUCCCGCGACAGCGCGGCUAUCGUGGGAAGAGAAAGGACUAUUGGCCCCAGAGUCCUGAUACCGAAUUCCGUGAAUCAGAUGGCGGGGGCAAUGAAUUCUUCCGAAGCUACGAUCCAUUCAAGGGAUUCUAA